AUGAAUCUCUCGUUAUCUUCUCCCACUUCUCAAUCGUCUUCCUCGUCUCCGUCCGCAUCUUCGUCUUCCGCCGGCGGCGGGGCAGCCUCAUGGUUCUCCGGCAUUGUUCGCGGCCGUGCUGAUAGGUCCGCGAGCAUGAAACCGGCCGGUAAUUUGCCCGCUGCCGAGAAUGAUGGACCGAUCAAAGGCAAGAACCAGUUCCGCGGUUUGAUGUUCAAGUACGGCCCCAAGGCGAUUCAGGUUGCAUUCAAAACGGGGGAACAUAAACAACAAGUCAUUUUCAUUGGUGGAUUGACAGACGGUUUUCUUGCAACUGAAUAUUUGGAACCUCUUGCAAUUGCCCUGGAUAGGGAGAAAUGGUCUCUUGUUCAGUUUCUCAUGUCAUCAUCAUAUAGUGGAUUUGGCACUUCCAGCUUAAAACAAGACUCCGCGGAGCUAGAUCAGCUGAUAAGUUAUUUCAUCAACAAAGAAAACUCUGAGGGAGUGAUUCUUCUCGGGCAUAGUACUGGUUGUCAGGAUAUUGUGCAUUACUUGCGUUCCAAUGCUGCAUGCUGUAGAGCAGUACGUGGUGCCAUUUUGCAGGCUCCAGUUAGUGAUCGGGAGUACAAAGCAACUCUACCUGAAACAGCUGCUAUGAUUGAUUUGGCUUCAUCUAUGAUAGCAGAAGGCAAGGGAUCAGAAUUAAUGCCCAGAGAAGCUGAUCCCUGUGCUCCAAUAACUGCUUACAGGUAUCACUCACUUUGUUCCUAUAUGGGCGAUGACGACAUGUUUAGCUCUGAUCUGAGCGACGAUCAACUAAGACUCAGGCUUGGGCACAUGUGCAACACACCUUGCCAGGUUAUCUUUUCGAUGGGCGAUGAAUAUGUGCCAGAAUAUGUCGACAAAAAAGCCUUGGUACAAAGGCUGUGCAGAGUAAUGGGAGGGGCGGGGAAAGUUGAAAUCGACCAUGGAAAUCACUCACUUUCGAAUAGAGUCGAUGAGGUUGUGAAGGCAGUCAUGGAUUUCGUCAAUGGAGAAGGUCCCAAAGGCUGGGAUGAUCCAUGGGCUUAA